AUGUCGACCGGAGGUGUGGUCUACAAAGACCUACUGCCUAUCCCGGAUACGGAUCCUACUGAACAUGAGGGGAAGUCCACUACUCUACGAAAUGCGCCUACAGAGAGCCAUGCGCUAGCUCUAGAUGCUGCUCAUGCAGCCCCUCCAGAAGGGAAAGGCGCAGCGCAAAUAGCUCAUGGAGAUGAGGUUGUGGAUCUAGGAUGGAACGAGCCUAAGGAACUCGUCGCGAAGCCACUUGUUGGAGGCUUGGGUAACGAGGAUUUAUGGCUGUUGGUACGCCGUUUCAACAAGCAAAUGUACCAUGUCAAGGAGAUUCCAACAGCGCCUCCUGGAGGCUUGGACAUGAACAUCGCCGAUGAGGAGGAAUUUUCACCAGACAAGCUCCGUGCUAACAUCGAACGCUUGUACAUGACUAUUGGCAUUGGUCUAAUGGGAUUUGGCAAGCACAUUGUUCGUAUUCGCUCAUGGAGGGAGACUCGCCGCACUGCAUGGUUCUGCUCCGCAUACUUUGCUGCCUGGUUUCUCGACGUGAUCAUGCCGCUGAUGGCGGUGACUCUGGUUACACUCAUUGUAUAUCCUCCGGCUCGGGAGACAAUGUUCCCACCAGCACCUAUCGCCCUCGUCAGCUCCAAGGGAGGUGUGCAGAAGCCGAAGUCUGGAACUUUGGGCAGUACGGACAGUGCUACAGGAGCACCCGAGAACCACAAGGGUGAGGCUGUUGAGCAAGAGGCUUCAAACUUCGUCAACGGUUUUGCGUCCAUCGCGCUGUCAAGCGCGACUGGCAAGCACCCCCAGGGAGAGCCUCCGGAUGAAGACUCUCCUGAUAGCAGUGUACCGGAUCCUACCAGACUCGCUAUCAGCGCUGCAGAUGCAAAAGAUCAGGCUUCUGGUAUCAAAUCUGACAAACACCACGACAAGACCAAAGUCCCAAUGGAGACUGCCAUGUGGACGAAAAUGAGGCCAAUCAUGCACGGAAUUGCGGAUGUCACUGACACAUGGGAGCGAUUCGCGAACAUGCUUGAACCAACCUCUCCAUUUCCAAAAGACAAGUUUCGUCUUCGACUUGCAGCCGUAGUGGCACCGCUUGUUCUAGUCUCACUGUUUGUAACUUCGUACAUGUUCAUGAAGGGUGUCACCUUCGGUGUCGGCUUUGGCUUCUUUGGUGAUCCCGUCAUUCAACGAGGUCUGGCACUCCUUAACAGAAAAUUCCCCAACUGGCAGAAACUACUCGAGCUCCGUAACACGCUACUCAAGGGCGUGCCAACCAAUGCCCAACUCACUAUCACCCUCCUCAGAAUCGGCGAAGCAAACAAAGCCCCACUCCCACCGCCGCCUCAUGUUGCACAACCGCCACCAGAGAAGCCCGUGGAUAUCAACGAAGAGGAGUUGCGCGCCACAGGUGCCGAUUGGCCACUCAAUGCAACACAAGAAGAGCUCGACGAAGCCAUGGCACACGAUCCUACUACCGCGCACGAGACAGGCGGCGAAGAUAUCGACAAAGCCAAGGACAGUAAACACGGUAAAAAGGGGACUAAGAUCCUUAACUUCUUCCGUGGCACUGUCAAAGGUGGCGUUGAAACCACCAUGACAGCCGAUAAGGUCAAAGCCGCUGCCGGUUCCACUCAUGCCAAAAACAGACUGGGAGCGGUACCACCUAAGGGAAUGGAUCUCACAUCCGGUCCUGUCGAGUUCAAAGCCCGACAUGAUGGCAAGCGAGGGCAUGUUUACAUCACCACCAAGUCCACAAUUCCCUGCAUCGCCUUCUCCACGGACAAGACUAUCGAAAAGAUUGGUAGCACAGAUAGAGAGGAUCUGCAUCCGUCAUGGAGUCUUCCUGUUGGCGACAUCAUGGAAAUGAAGAAGGUGGGUGGCUUUGGCUGGAAGGCAAAGUUGGUUGUUGGCUGGGCUAUGGGACGUGAGGUUGCUGAUGGCUUGAUCAUCAUUGACCGGCAGCUCAAUGAAUACCGCAUCACCGCACUUCCGUUGAGAGACGAGCUCUUCAAUCGGCUUGUGGCGAUGGGAGGUCAGAAAUGGGAGUGUUGGUAG